UCCAGACUCAGUGUGUGUUGGUGUGUAGAUGUGAAUGUACCGUGAGGAAUUUAGCUGCUGGAAGACUUUUCAUUUCAAAUAAAACUUCUAACUUUUGGUGAAUAAAGCCAACACGAAGGACGAGUCGAAGAGCGCAAAUGCGAAAAUGCGAGAAGAAAUCCAGGAAGAGAGCGUGUGCUUAUUAAAAAUUCAGCGCGGGAGAAGAGACGUUAUCGCUCCUUCAGAUGACUUGUGGCUGCACUGAGGAUAAACUACACCACUAACGGGCUUCAAACAUUAUUGAAUGGGGUGAAACGACGCGGAUUUUCUCUCUAAAAGGCGAGUCCAAAGCUUUACCAAGCGACCAAAAACCAAAGGGAAGGGAAGGGGAAGAGAGGGGGGCAAAGAAAACGCCCUGCUGCUGCCUGUUGCUGCUAUCUCCACAUUCAAACUUUAUCGCCGAGUUGGAAAAAAUGCAUCUUUCACUUAAAGAGAGGUGAUAAACCGAGUGUAACGCUGUGUUCUUCAGCUCAAACCUUCACAGCUAGUUUACUGAAGGCCCAGCUCACUUGGCCAAGUUUUUGGGACGCGGGGAGUCUCUGCUUUGGGAAUAUUUUCUCUUCAUUGUGCACACUAUUCCUGUUGGAGGCUAUUUGGGUGGGCUGAGAACCCAAGGCUGCCCCACUAGGCCCACGGCCAUAAACCAGGGAAGGACGAGGUUUCACAUGUAAAACUCAAACAGUUCGGGGAAAACCUCUUUAUAUUUACUAAAGUUGUAUCGACCGAGGCUGCAGCCAUGUCUCUAGGCGCUGAGAGGAGGAUGGAAACCAAGCUGAAGAAGCUGGAGGACAUGAUCAGAGACCCCAGAUCUGCCAUAAACCUGGAAAGUUUGCUGGACUCCAUCAACGCCCUGGUCUUAGACUUGGACUACCCUGCACUACGCAAGAACAAAAAUAUUGAAACUUUCUUAAACAGAUAUGAGAAAGUCAUCGAACAGACUCGUGACCUCCAGAUGAAGUCUGAAGACUUCGACAGAGUCAAAGUGAUCGGUCGAGGGGCGUUUGGUGAAGUCCAGCUGGUCCGGCACAAGGCCUCACAGAAGGUCUACGCCAUGAAGCUACUCAGCAAGUUUGAGAUGAUCAAGCGCUCAGACUCUGCUUUCUUCUGGGAAGAGAGGGACAUCAUGGCCUUUGCCAACAGUCCCUGGGUUGUGCAGUUGUGCUGUGCCUUCCAAGAUGAGCACUACCUCUACAUGGUGAUGGAGUACAUGCCAGGAGGUGACCUGGUCAACCUGACCAGCACCUACGAUGUGCCAGAGAAGUGGGCCAAGUUCUACACAGCGGAGGUGGUGAUGGCCCUGGAUGCCAUUCACUCCAUGGGCUUCAUCCAUCGAGACGUCAAACCAGACAACAUGCUGCUGGACAGACACGGGCACCUUAAGCUGGCCGACUUCGGAACAUGCAUGAAGAUGGACCAUACUGGCAUGGUGCACUGUGAUACAGCAGUGGGGACUCCAGACUACAUCUCUCCAGAGGUGCUGAAAUCCCAGGGAGGAGACGGGUAUUAUGGAAGAGAAUGCGACUGGUGGUCUGUAGGGGUCUUCAUCUUUGAGAUGCUCGUUGGUGACACACCGUUCUACGCCGACUCUCUGGUGGGAACCUACAGUAAGAUCAUGGACCAUAAAAACUCCCUCAACUUCCCUGAUGACGUUGACAUCUCCAAAGAUGCCAAGAAUAUCAUCUGUGCCUUCCUGACUGACAGGGAGGUGCGAUUGGGCAGAAACGGCGUGGAGGAAAUCAAGCAGCAUCCUUUCUUCAGGAAUGACCAGUGGACAUUCGACACCAUCAGAGAAACUGUUGCCCCUGUGGUCCCUGAGCUGAGCAGUGACAUAGACACCAGUAAUUUUGAUGAGAUUGAAGAUGACAAAGGCGAUGUGGAAACUUUCCCAACACCUAAAGCCUUUGUAGGAAAUCAGUUACCCUUUGUGGGCUUCACCUACUUCAAAGAAGACCAGUUACUGAAUGCUUCUAACAACACAUCUGUGAUUCAUGAUAAUUCAAAAGGAGAGUCUGCAGCACUCCAGAAGAAACUGCGCCACCUGGAGGUCCAGCUGAACAAUGAGAAGCAGUCCAAAGAUGAUAUAGAGCACAAAUACAGAGCCACCACUUGCAGACUUGACAAAAUCUCCAAAGAACUUGAGGAUGAGGUGAGCAGCAGAAAGGGUCUGGAGUCAAGUCUGAGGCAGCUCGAGAGAGAGAAAGCGCUGCUGCAGCACAAGAGCUUGGAGAGCCUCCGCAAGGCUGAGAGCGAGGCUGACAAGAAGCGCUGUCUUGAGAAUGAAGUCAACAGCCUCCGAGAUCAGCUGGAAGACAUGAAGAAAAGAAACCAGAAUUCACAUAUUUCCAAUGAGAAAAACAUCCACCUGCAGAAACAGCUGGAAGAAGCCAACACCCUGCUGCGAGCAGAGUCCGAAGCGGCGACAAGGCUCCGUAAAACCCAGACUGACAGCAGCAAGCAGCUGCAGCAGCUGGAGGCAAACGUGCGUGAGCUGCAGGACAAAUGCUGCAUCCUGGAGCGCAGCAAGCUGAGUUUGGAGAAGGAGUGCAUCAGCCUGCAGGCGGCACUGGAGACGGAGAGGAGGGAGCACAGCCAGGGCUCUGAGACCAUCAGUGACCUCAUGGGGCGAAUUUCUGGCCUGGAGGAGGAGGUCCGUCAGCAUAGACAGGCUCUGUCCAAGACUGAGAGUGAGAAGAGACUACUUCAGGAAAAACAUACAGACAUGGAGAAGGAGAUGAGCAACAAAGAGAUUGAUUUAACCUACAAGCUGAAGGUGCUGCAGCAGGAGCUGGAGCAGGAGGAGUCCUCCCAUAAGGCCACCAGGGCACUGCUGGCAGACAAGAGCAAGAUCAAAGUGACUAUCGAGGGCGCCAAGUCAGAGUCAAUGAAGGAAAUGGAGCAGAAGCUGGCAGAGGAACGAGCAGCCAAACUACGGCUAGAGAACCGAAUCCUGGAGCUGGAAAAGCACAGCAGCAUGAUGGACUGUGACUACAAACAGGCUUUACAGAAACUAGAUGAGCUGCGGAGACACAAGGAUCGACUCACUGAGGAGGUGAAGAACCUGACCCUGAAGAUCGAGCAGGAGACCCAGAAACGUAACCUGACUCAGAAUGACCUGAAGGCUCAGAACCAGCAGCUCAGUUCUCUGCGAACCUCUGAGAAGCAACUCAAGCAGGAAAUUAAUCACCUGCUGGACAUUAAACGCAGCCUGGAGAAGCAGAACCAAGAGCUGCGCAAAGAACGUCAAGACACAGACGGGCAAAUGAAGGAAUUACAGGACCAGUUAGAGGCUGAACAGUAUUUCUCUACACUUUAUAAGACCCAGGUCCGUGAGCUGAAAGAGGAGUGUGAGGAGAAAAACAAACUCUGCAAAGAAGCACAGCAGUCUCUGCAGGAACUACAGGAGGAGAGGGACUCGUUGGCGGCUCAGCUGGAGAUCACACUCACAAAGGCGGACUCAGAGCAGCUCGCUCGCUCAAUCGCUGAGGAGCAAUACUCAGACCUGGAGAAGGAGAAGAUAAUGAAGGAGCUUGAACUGAAGGAGAUGAUGGCUCGCCAUCGUCAGGAGCUAAAUGAGAAGGACAUCACCAUCAGUUCGCUGGAGGAGGCCAACAGAACCCUGACCAGUGAUGUCGCAAACCUGGCCAAUGAGAAGGAGGAGCUGAACAACAAGCUGAAGGAAGCCAUCGAAGAAUCAGAGAAAUCGAAGGAUGUGGAGCAGCAGAUCAGCCAGAUGAAGCAGGUGUUUGAGAAGCAGCUGCAGUCAGAGAGGACGCUGAAAACUCAGGCUGUCAAUAAGCUGGCAGAGAUCAUGAACAGGAAGGAGGUCCGUGGUGGAGGCAGUCGCCGUGGAAAUGACACAGACAUGCGACGUAAAGAGAAGGAGAACAGGAAGCUGCAGUUGGAGCUUAGGUCAGAGAAGGAAAAACUCAACAGCACCAUCAUCAAAUACCAGAGAGAGAUCAACGAAAUGCAGGCGCAACUGGCGGAUGAGAGCCAGAUGCGUAUCGAGCUGCAGAUGGCUCUGGACAGUAAAGACAGUGACAUCGAGCAGCUGAGGAACCACCUGCAGACACUCAGUGUUCAAUCGAUGGACUCUGCCAGCGGCGGUAGCGGGCCAGAGUUUGAUGCUGACGAUGCAUUCACAGAAACAAGGCUGGAGGGCUGGCUCUCUCUCCCUGUCAGAAACAACACCAAGAAGUUUGGAUGGGAGAAAAAGUAUGUUGUAGUGAGCAGCAAGAAGAUUCUGUUCUACAACAGCGAGCAGGACAAAGAGCAGUCCAUUCCCUACAUGGUGCUGGAUAUUGAUAAACUCUUCCAUGUGAGGCCUGUUACUCAAACAGACGUGUACCGCGCUGACGCCAAAGAGAUUCCCAGGAUAUUCCAGAUUCUUUAUGCAAACGAAGGUGAGAGCAAAAAGGAGCAGGAGUUUCCUGACGCGCUGGCCAUGGGAGAGAAGUCCAGCUACAUCUGCCACAAGGGCCACGAGUUCAUCCCCACCCUCUACCAUUUCCCCACCAACUGUGAGGCAUGCACUAAACCGCUGUGGAACAUGUUCAAACCCCCGCCUGCUCUGGAGUGUCGGCGCUGCCACAUCAAGUGCCACAAGGACCACAUGGACAAGAAGGAGGAGAUCAUUGCUCCUUGCAAGGUGAACUAUGAUGUGUCUACGGCCAAGAAUCUGCUGCUGUUGGCUAUCUCUCAGGAGGAGCAGCAGAAGUGGGUCAGCAGACUGGUCAAGAAGAUCCCAAAGAAGCCACCGCCAGCGGAGCAGUUUGCACGCUCCUCGCCCCGGGCCUCCAUGAAGGUCCAGCCCAGCCAGUCCAUGAGAAGGCCCAGUCGACAGCUCCCCACAAGCAAGAGCAGUUAACCUUGCUGUGGAGUGUGGUGCAUCGUCAACAUGGUGGCGGUGGUGGAUGCUUCCUCAUUCAAAGACAGUACACAAAGCUCUGUUUGCAGAUCAGCACACUGAACUCCACAUUGCUUUCCCACACAACCCCACCCUGUCGUGCUGCAGCCUGUGACGGUUACAACAUGUGUUUUAGUCCUCUUUAGCUGAACCCCCUUCCCAGCUAUCAAACUCGCCUACAAUCUCUUCAAGCAGCUGGAUGACUUGCAAGCAUAUUAGCCCGAGUCUUCUUAGGGCCUUUGACUAGAGCAAUCAAGUGUCUCUGGGGGUGUGGAGCAGCUCCUGUAGAACAGAAGAGGAGAGGAGAGCUCUUAUGAACCCGACCAGGGCUGGCAGGAAGGGGACUCACUUACCUCAACACUUCCCACCAGGACUGUCUGACUGAAGGACCCAGCAUGAACACUCAUCCUCGCACCUUUGGGGAUUCUUGUGGCCAAAUUAGAAGGACAUUUGUGUGUUUUAAUACAUGUGACCAGUAUGAAGGGUUUAAUAGGGUAACACUACACUCAAAGAUAGUAAAUUGUGUAACCGGUUAGCUUAACACAGCUGAGGUUGUUGAGCUUAUAAAUUAACUUAUCCACACUAUUAAACAUGAUUGUAGCUUUUUGCUUAGAAAAAAAAUCUGCAUUCAGAUGCACGUCCACACGGGUCAGAGAAACCUGGAUAAGGCACUGAAGGAGCUAAGAGGGGAACUCGGAGAAGUGGGGAGGAGCCAGUACGUUUACAUGCUGCUGGGUAAAGUUGAGUCGGAAAAAACUGGACUUUUAAAAUGCAUUCAAACAUGUUGAUUUGAUCUGAAUGAAAUUUCUCUGUCAGACUAACACCACAAUAUCACUAUUGUACUGCCUCACAACAAGAAGGUUCUUUUAAAUCACAGUCCAUAAACAUCCUCAUUAGGCUGAUUGGUGAUACUAAAUUGCCCAUAGAUGUGAGUGUGCCUGCUUGUUUGUCUUAGCCCUGUGAUUUACUGGUGACCAGUCCAGGAUGUUCUCCACCUCUAGCCCAGUGAAAGGUCUGAUUGGCUUCUUUUGACCAUGCUGGCCUAGGCAUCCUGUGUAUACUCCAGUCUUGACUGCAUUUUGAUAUCAUUAUGAGCUGAAGAGAUAGCAAGCUUCACAUUUGUACCUAAAAUAAAGCAAAGAUUGUGUAUGAGGCUGUAAAGUUGUCCUUGUUUUUACCAUCCAACAUAUAGCCAGCUCGCAGUUUGCUAACUAGUUAGCAAGGACAAAAGGAAGAAGGUCCACAGUAGGUGGCUGAAACUGGGUAUAUUGUGAUGUAGUGUAGCAGAGACGGACAAGCUCGCCUCUCGCCUAAGAGAUGACUAAAUAUCUUAAUGAAGCUUUACUGGGCAUGUAAACGUACUGUCAGGUUCUUCCAGGGUUUGAGCAAAUAAAUCCUCCAGUUCCUCUUAUUCAGAUUACUGACUCAGGCAUGCUCUGAAUCAGCAGCUCACUGUCGUAUGCAGAAAGUAAUGGUUUUAUAAGUGAUCAGAAUCCUACUCUGAGUGGCAUUAGAUGACAUGAGAUCCUCCCAAUCCCAUAAUCUUUCAUACCUGCACUGUCAGAUACGAGGGUUAAUGUUUACUGAAUUCAAGGGGUGCACCGUUAAUGCUUUUCUGAUCCGAGCUCGGCUCCUUUUGUUUGUUUGAAUGUACAUCUGGGCUUUACCAGAGACGACACACAGGCAUUGUAUUAUUCUAUCCAAAUAUACUUGACUGAAGCCCCCUUUCAUCACCAACUACUCUGAGUGAACGUGCAUGUGUUUGCCUUUUCAGGCCUCACACUUCAGUGCUGUUAGCUGAGAGCCUCUGCCUAAUAGAAGUGUAGUUAGAUGUUGUUUCUAUGAAGAUGAGGGCAGUUUAAUCAGUGAGAAGCAGAAUCAAUGAAGGUAUGCAAUCAUAGCCCAUAAAUCGAUAUACUGAGCAGCACUAUUCCAUUGAGCGUUUUUCUAAAAGUGUUUGUCUUGAUAUUUUUGUAUUAAAAGUAACCAGACUCAGUUUGGGCACAUCGUUGUGAGUAUGUGGCUCAUAUAGCAGGAGGAGAGUAACUAUGUGUGCGUGUGUGUCUGGUUUUGUACGCGUGUGUGUACUGAGUGCUCUCCUUUAACCAAGAAGCAUGUUUUAUACAUAAAAAUAUACACAGUAUAUAUUUUACAUGCCAUACAGUGCACAUUAUAUUAUUUAUACAGCCUUGUCCACUUUGUAUUUAAGGGCUCUACAUCCAGAUUGCAUGUUUGCUACCAAACAGCUCUAUAAUGAUAACUUCUUCAACAAUAAAGACAUGGAUGUGCUUUUUGGUUUGGGAUUUUUU